AAGGGGCAUUUUUCUUCACUAACCUUGUCUCCGCACAUGACAGGUUUUCGUUUUUAUAUACAUUUGAGGUAUGAUUAGUUAUUCAUCUUCUGCAUUUAGACAUCAUUCUUGAGCUCUCAUUCGAAGAAGUUCUCACCAUCUUGCAUUUUGUUGCAUGUUUCAAACUUGUGGGCCUUAUUCAACUGAAUCCAAAGCAUUUCACAUUUUUGAAAAAAAAAAAAGAAGAAAAGAAAAAGAAAAAGAGGUUCUUCCAAGAUAAAUUCAUGAAAAGUUCAUCUUUUAGACAUCAAAAUAAUCUGAGCACAUGAUUUUGGAGCAUCACAUCAUCAUUUUCUCCAAGCAUCACACCAUUCACUUUUUCAUCAAGCUUCAUGGCAUUUGCAUUCUUUUCAGAGGAAUGAUAUUUCCCAUGAAUGCCAAUUUAAUGUUCGCAAUGGUGAAUCAUCAAAUGCAUAAAAUUCAUGUUUUAGGAUACAAUUUCACACACCUUACCACUUGUCAGCAUAUUUGUAUUCUUGCAUCCUUUAUCUCUCAUUUCCCAUCCAUGGUUAUUUCUUUUCGUGCAUUCCCAAAAAUGCAUGCUUUAGGAUACAACUCCACACACAUUAUCACUUUAGAGCAUAUUCAUGUUCUUUCAUCCUUCAUUUCGCGAAUCUUUGUUAGUCAAGACACUUUUGAAAUAUUCAUCCGUGGGGAAAGCUUUGACCAACAAAGGAUUCAGGAGAUCUUCAAUUGUAAGCAUUUUCUCCAUCGUGGACAAUUGCCAAGUCCAAGGGGCAAGCUUAGAAGGACAAGAACCAAUAGCAGCCUUAAAGAUCAAAAGCUCAAGCACAUCGCACUUUAUAUGGCUCUAGCAAUCAAGGGAUUCUUCAAGGAAAAGGAUGCUACUCCUCAUUAGACAAUUGUACUUUGAAAGAUCUAGGAGUCAGAUUUUACUAGGGACUUGAAUGCAACCAUGUUGAUGUACUUAGUGUGAUGUACUAGGCUUUUACUUUGUAAUGAAUGACCAUCUUUGUAAUGCAUGUUGAACUGCUUGUAAGUGUCUUUUCUAUAGCCCUUGGAGUCUAUGGAAAUCUCAAGACGUUCAAAGAUAUUUUGCUUCAUCCGAGGCUCCUUAAGGAUUGGAAAUCGACAAUGUGUGAAUCCAUAUAGCAAUUGUUGAAGCACUAAAUCAUGCAAAAUUAU